AUUGUCUUUAUUGUGGUUUGUGAACUGAUUUAUUAAAACUAUCCUAACUGUAACAGUGAGAGUGUAAUUUUUUUACUUCAUAACAAGCAGCUGCUGCCUUUUUUUUCACUUUAGACCACCAUCAUGAAAUUUGCGGCUCUUGUUCUUCUGCUGGCUGUCGGCUCUCAGGCCGCUUCCCUGCAGGCUGAUGCACCUGACCAGAUUGCCCAAUUUCGGGCUAAGCUGAAGGAAGGUGCUAUCAGGGUUCUGGCACCACUUGAUGGCACCACAUACAAGGCGAACAAGGACCACGCAAUUGAGGUGGCAGACUCGAGACUGGGUCAGGCUAUUGAAAUGGGCCAAACUGCUUUCAGUGCCGCCUCUGACGCCACCGCUGGCAUCCGUGGAACCAUCGUGUCAGAUAUUCAGAAGUUACAAGCCGACCUCGCUGACCAAGCUGAGAAAGUGAGGGAGAAUGUUCUGAAACACGUCCAGGACUAUAUCGCUGCGCUGACACCCCUGAAAGAGCACCUCGAGAGCAAGAAAGCUGACAUUGAGGAGUUGAAGGCCAAGGUUACAUCUGUUGUGGAAAACAUUGGUGAGAAGGUGCCAACAAAUUGGGAGGAGACCAGAGGAUCCCUGAUGCCCAUUGUGCAGAAGGUGAAAGAUCAGCUUACCGUGCGUGGACAGGAGGCCAGAGCACAAAUCGAGCCCUAUGUCAAAGAAUACAUGGAAACAGCCCAGGGCUAUAUUGAAAAUCCAGGCGAUAAGGCUGCACCUGCUUUGGAGGAGCUGAAGACUAAAUUGUCUACCUAUUUUGCAGCCAUGGUUGAGUCAUUGAACAAGGCCUAAAUCCUCUCUUCCUUGUUCUUGUAACUAACCUCGCCUCCCUGCCUGUCCUAGAUCCAUUCCUUCUUUCCUCACAGACCAACUCAUAAAAUGAAGCUAAUACUUACCUGAUGAACAAAAUGGCAGGACUGUAUUCCUUCCACGCAAACAGCUUACAAGCACAUGCAAGCACACAUGUAGAGACACGUACAUACUUAGCACACACAUGCUUUUUUCUUCACAUGUCACGGACAACUGCUAGAAUUUUGUGUAGGAACUGUAUGUGAAUUACUACAAGUGCUUCAAUCUCCGUGUGAUGAUGCUUGUCAGAUGAAAACUGUGCUUUGAUGAAAUACAGCUCAAUAAAGAUCUGACUGUUUAUACUA